CUGGCUCCCAUUGUACUCUUAGAGACUCUAUUAUUAUAUUAAUAUAAUAUUAUUAUAUAUUAUAUUAUAGAGACAACAUGGCUCUUAGUUUAAUAUCAGAUGGAAGCACACUUUACACAGUGUCUUGCUCACUAUGUCGAGCAGACACACUGGCGUCCGUUAGGUGACAUUGCUUUCUCCUUUAUCUUUAGAAAAAGAUUAUAAAAUGAUGAGAAAAUUAGAAAAGUCAUCAUCAAUCUUACAAUUUAAUCAUACAUGAAAUAUUACAUAGUAAUGUUCGAUGUAUGAUGAAAUUACACAUGUCCCACCUAGAACAUCAGUGUCUGUGGUAAUUCAUGUGUGCAGAUAUUUUUCCAAUUUUCUAAUGUCACACAAGCGGUAGUUAAAGAAAGAGGAGGCCAAACGUGCCGCUUUACAAACCUGAUUUCAGUUUGCUGGUGUGUUAUGAGAUGUAAGUACGAGUUUGCUUUAUGUGUCUGAAAGCAGUUGGAAAUACUACAUGUCAGCUGAAUCAUAUAUUGUGUCUCCCAUAUCUCUGACUGGUACUUGUAUUAUUUCUUCAAGCCAUAGAUACGACGCCUCAUAAGUAACAAAGUUUAUAUUUUGAGUUUGUUUCCGGUUGACGCUCAGCGAGAACAAACCUCUUAGUUUCAAGUACACUGUUAAUUAUGCCCUCAAGACAUAAACACCAAUUACUUUUUCAUCUUUACACCAAUACAAGCGGAAUAAUUAAAAUGCUUUGUUCGUGUUCCCGCUUUCUGUUUUAUCAGCCAGCACUUGAAACGAGUCCCAUCGAGUGUGUCGUCCAUUACUUCACCUACAUUUUGUGAUUAAGGUCACUGUGUCAGGUGUAAUAAUAAGGCCACGCUUCCAGAGGAUUAUAUUCUCUCCACCUCAUAACAAAACUAUCGGCCUGACUCAUAUUAACUAGAACUUUCUGUUCCCCGUCUGCUCCUGUCACUGCUUCAUCCACACUUUGACACAAAUGCUUGAUAAGCACUUUUGACGCAUCCAUAAGGAAUAGUGCUAUUCCUUGUAGCUGUCGCACUGCCUGUCGUAUCUCACCAGCACUCCAGCCAGAAGCGUCACUUUAUCUUAUUGUUGAGAUUGGGGAACAAACACCUUCAAUCCAGUACGAUUGGAGAGGCAGGGCUGUUUAUCUGUCUAUUUAUUAUGUGUUGCUGCAAAUCUUUGUGCACAAUAUUGAUUUUAUCCCGGGCAUUACCUUUACCUCGUGUCAAAUCAAUGCCAGAUUUACUUUGGUCGUUAACGAUUAGUCAAACUGCAGCUCGGUCACACGGGCUUAAUGGUUUUGUGGGGAUCCGGGGAGGAGUGCAAAUGUGAGAUUGCUUGGUAUUCGGAUUUGUUUUGUAAUUUAAUUGACCUGUACAUUCGAUAGUAUUAUUGGACAAAUGACAUGGCAUGAAUAGACUUUGCUCACGCUGAAAAUGUGAAGAAAUGUGGGUUUAAGGUUUGCACUGAUGACACAGAAAGGUCCACUUCCCAGAUGUGGAGCGAGUGGAGUGGCUCAACAAGACAGUGAAACAGAUGUGGCCGUAUAUCUGCCAGUUUGUGGAGAAGCUGUUCCGCGAGACGAUCGAGCCGGCGGUGAAGGAGUCCAACGCCCACCUCAGCACCUUCUGCUUCAGCAAGAUCGACAUGGGAGACAAACCCCUGAGGGUCAACGGGGUCAAGGUUUACACAGAGAAUGUGGAUAAGCGACAGAUCAUCAUGGACCUACAGAUCAGCUUUGUUGGCAACACAGAGAUUGACGUAGACAUCAAACGCUACUACUGCAAAGCCGGCAUCAAGAGUAUCCAGAUCCACGGCGUGUUGAGAGUGGUGAUGGAGCCGUUGCUGGGUGAUUUGCCUCUUAUCGGAGCUCUGUCUAUUUUCUUUCUCAAGAAACCACUUCUGGACAUACACUGGACUGGCCUCACCAAUAUUCUUGACAUUCCUGGACUGAAUGGCUUCUCUGACAAUCUGAUUCAAGACAUUAUCUACAGCUAUCUGGUUUUACCCAAUCGUAUCACCAUCCCACUGGUCGGGGACGUGGAACUGGCCAAGCUGCGCUUUCCCAUGCCAAAGGGAGUCCUGAGGAUUCACUUCUUGGAGGCUCAGGAUCUGGAAGGGAAGGAUACAUUUCUGGGAGGGCUGAUCAAGGGCAAGUCUGACCCGUACGGCGUCCUGCAGAUCGGCAACCAACUGUUCCAGAGCAAGGCGGUGAAGGAGAGCCUCCAUCCCAAAUGGAACGAAGUUUACGAGGCUUUGGUGUACGAGCACUCCGGUCAACACCUCGAGAUUGAGCUCUUUGACGAGGAUCCUGACAAAGACGAUUUCCUGGGAAGCCUGAUGAUCGACUUGACUGAGCUGCACAAAGAACAGAAAGUUGAUGAGUGGUUUGAUCUGGAAGAAACUCCCACUGGGAAACUCCACUUAAAACUGGAGUGGCUGUCUCUGCUCUCCACUCCUGAGAAGUUGGACAAGGUGCUGCGAAGCGUGCGUGCAGACAGGAGCCUGGCCAAUGAUGGACUAUCGUCAGCACUGCUGGUGGUGUAUCUGGACUCAGCAAAGAACCUGCCUAGCGUCUUCACAGGCAGCUUAGGCUGUGGGAACUUAAGUGAGAGGAGAGCAUCUGGUCUAGUCUUUUGUGAGAGCAAUCCUUCAGAGCAUAGAACAAUAUUUUCUGCAAAGAAGAGUAGCAGCGAGCCCAGUCCUUAUGUCCAAUUCACUGUGGGACACAAAACCCUUGAGAGCAAGAUCCGGUACAAGACCAAGGAGCCUCUGUGGGAAGAUUGUUUCUCAUUCUUUGUUCACAACCCCAGGAGGCAGGAGCUGGAGCUGGAGGUAAAAGAUGACAAGCACAAAUGCACCCUGGGUAACUUGACGGUGCAUUUGAGCGGCCUGUUGGCGGAGGAGGACAUGACGCUGACUCAGUCUUUUACUCUCAAGAACUCCGGGCCCAGCUCCAUCAUCAAGCUCAAGAUGGCUCUGAGGAUCCUGUCCCUGGAGAAGCAGGUAUCCUCAGACCUGCCCUCCUCCGUCCAGGUCAGGAAGUCCAGUGUGCCGCUGCCAACCAAAGCCCCCUCCCAGAGACGAUCUGCCUCACAUUCCCAGCUGCCUCCACCCACGCCUCCACCACCCAUAAACUCUUCCACCCUCACCCUCCAACACAGGGACGGCGAGCCGUACUCUGCCAGCCCUCUCCGCAGUAUCUCCAACCUGAGCACCUGCAUGUCCAGCUCCCAGAAACACCUGUCUCACAAGGAGUCCACGCCCAGCCUGGCCUCUGACAUCUCGCUGCCCUUCGCCACCUUGGAGCUUCAGCAAAGGCUGCGUCAGCUACAGAAUGGCUCGGCACCCAGCCAGUUCCCGCUGGGUGAGGUCCAACUGACUGUCCGACACAGCUCCCAGAGGAACAAACUCAUUGUGGUGGUGCACGCCUGCCGUAACUUGAUCGCCUUCACCAAAGACGGCUCGGAUCCCUUCAUCCGCCUCUAUUUGCUGCCUGACAAGAGCCGGACGGGGAGGAGGAAGACCGGCACCAUGAAGAGGACCCUUAACCCUGUUUAUGAUCAAACGUUUGAGUUUAGUGUAUCUAUGGUGGAGCUCCACAGGAGAACUCUGGAUGUAGCGGUGAAGAACGGAGGGAGCAUCCUGUCCAAACACAAAGGGUUUUUGGGAAAGGUGCUGGUAGAUUUAAGCGGGGAUGAUAUAUCAAAAGGAUGGACACAAUGGUAUGAUCUGAGUGACGAUGGCGUGUCGUCUCAAGGCAUAAGAAAUAUCCAAGACUCCCUCUACACAUAGUGAAACCACCUCUCUGCUGUAAUAUAGCGAUCUUGUUAAUAUGAGGGCACAUCUAUAUGUUGUAUUCAUGUACAUUUGUCAUAUAGUUCAGCAUGCAAAACGUUUUUCAAACAUUUCCUAUCAUGUUUUCAUUCAUGGAAGAUAUGUAACAUAUUGCGAUGCGUUUAAACACACUAACUGCCUUGUCUCUGUUUUCAGUGUUUUAUGUAAAUAUCAAGUUGCUGAUAAUAUACGAUUUUGCAGGGGGUUUUGUGGCAUUAUAUCUCCUUCAGGGAGAUGAUAUUGAAAUCUGUCAGAAUUGUUAUUAGUGUCUGUCCCAUUUGUUAAAAUGUGACUAAGUCUGUUUUGUCUUGUGAGAAAACUCUUACCAAAGGAACAGAUACAAACACAACAGUAGGCUUAAGUAGCGGUCUUGACUUUGAUAUUUCUUUUUGUCAUGCAGUGUUAUUUGAUUGUUUACCUCUUAUUGUUAUUUAUGCUUGAUUAUUAACAUGGAAUGCACAUAUGCAAAGAACAAAAAUGAUUGCACUGUAUAUUUUAAGAGGACUUUGUGCAAUAUUGGAUGUUACUGAAGACGUAGGGGCGUUUUAGGGCUAUGAACAGGUGCUGUAUAAUAUGAAGGAUACUUGAAUAAGGGUUUGAUCGAUGUUCAAACCAAAUUGAAUAAUAUGAGCAGAGACGACAGUUAUUGUAUUUUUAUGAGCAGGGCUGGCAGAACGUGUUGUUAAGAUGGCACAGCUAUGUCGUAAGGCUUGUACAUGUUUUGCCAUGCAGUCAUAACUGUUGGAGGUUUUAAAUACUUUACUUGUUAUCGAUCCUGUGCCUUAAAGAACCCCGCUAUGUAAUUUUUGCCUUCGUAAUGUUAUUAUUUUGAAUGAUGCCUCAUGGGUUUUGAGGAAUAAAUUAUUUCUCUUGU